UAAGCGGGGUAUAUCGACAUCUCAUGGUACUCCAACUACGAUCUACGUUGUGUCAGUAAGUCCUUCGCCGGCCGGAUUCAAGCAGAUGUAGCUGUCUAGUUCUGGUCGCUUCAUAUUCAGGGCAGCCAAUCGUCACGUUCACGCUCGCCCUCACGAACGCGGUAUGAAAAACCUUGCAUCACUAGUUCUAGCCUGAUUCUCGGUUUCAACCCGAUACCCAAGUUAAGGCCUUACCUAGACGCUCAUUGGCCAUCAAACAAGCUAAUCACCUUCGGCUUCAUGUUCAUCGACGGUCUAUAUGGUAGUCGUAUCUCCACGUCAUAACAAAAUAGAUCCCAAAUGCAGCUUUUUUCUACUACACGUAGCUCUGCUACGACUUUACCGCCGAAUCCCUUACAAGGUAUCCCGGAAACAGUUUCGCUGGUCUCUCAAUGCCGCGUGGCAAAUUAACUUACGCUGCGUAGGUAGACUUGGAUUGAGGAUUAGAAAGAAACCGCCUAAUCAAUGAAUUCGCAUUCUGUCUAAUAUGGCUAUUUUCAGUUUUCUUCAUCCACUCCAGUUCCUCUCACCUUAUCCUCAUCACUCUGACUAAAUCCUAUCUUGAACUCACAAUGGGCAUAUUCGAGGACGCGCGCAAUGGGACCCUGGACGAACCCAAACUAGACCAGUACAAGACGCUCUCCUUCGAUAUCGACGCGCUAGACCCCAAAACCGGACUUACGCUGCUCGCUACGGCUUCUCUGAGAGGUCGUGCUAACGUCGUCAGGCUGCUCAUACAGAACAAUGCGUCGGCGACCAAGCUGUCCCGGGGCGACUGCACCCCCGCGUGGUUCGCGGCGGCGGGGUCCAUGAAGACGAGCGACCGCGCCGAGAUCCUCCGGCUCCUGCACGCGCACGGCGUCGACAUCGACAGGCCGUCCCCCCGGAACCGCAACUAUACGCCUCUCAUGAAGGUCGUCGUCGAGUGGGAAGACCCCGCUAUCGUCCGCCAGCUCGUCGGCCUCGGCGCCGACGUGGCGGCGGAGAACUCUGACCGGGAGACGGCCUCCACGCUCGCCGCUAAGACGAAGAAUCGGGUCGUCAUUCGGGCCCUCGACGGUAACUCCCCGCGGCGUAAGAACUUUACGGAUUUUGUUUUGAUGGUCGUCAUAUUUAUUCUUCAUGUAAUAGUUUCCGUCGGUGCGGUCGCGUCGGGGGUAGUACAGGGUGUCGUCGAAUCGAGAUACCAACAUGACAAUAUCAGGAGCGCAAGCCGUUCAAGGGAACUCCAGGAAAGCAAGACGAUAGAGGAAUAUAGUGCCGACCUUGUCAAGUUCAUAGCCGACAACAACCUGGGCAACUUCUUCAAGAAGGGCGACCCCUUUCUCAAGACGCUUGUCCACAAGGCUGCCAAGAUAAAAUCCGACCCCAAAUCGACGUUUAAGACCGACAAAGAUAUCCGCGACCUUUUGAAGCUGUCACUGUACCAGCAAGUCAUUUUUUGCGACGACAGUACUUCUAUGUCCAUAGGCAACCGCCUCAAAGCCCAGCGACGGAUCGUCAAGCGGAUCGCGAAAGUCGCCACUUCCCUCGCACCCGACGGGGAUGGCGUAGAGCUUCGUUUCAUCAAUAGCUCCGUGUCCGGAAGCGGGCUCCGCGACGCAGAAAUCGAGGCGAUCGUGGCUGGUGUGCGACCUGCAGGGGACACGGCCAUUGGGACGAACUUAAUUGCGAAGAUCCUGAAGCCACUGGUAUACGACAAGUUGGCGAGCCAAGAGUUGAAGGGUCCUGUACUAGUGUCGAUUAUUACCGACGGCUGUCCGGACCCGGAGGCCCCGGACAUGUUGAGGGAUGCGAUCAGAGAGUGCGGGAAGAAGCUUGUCGAGGCUGGUUACGGCUCCGAUGUUGUGCUUUUCCAGAUCAGCCGGAUCGGAAACUCCAGAGCCUCGAAGGAAUUCUUCGAUGGCCUACGAAAUGAUGAGCAGCUGCAGAGGGUCCUCUACUGCACUACUGAUCGACUAGAAAAGGUAUGCGAGGAAGUGAGUGAAAAUGAGAACGAGAACGAGAACGAGGACCAGCUUGACGAAUGGGUUUAUGUAACCGUUGUCCCCCCUGACGAGCUAUCCGUGGUUGUCUAAUGAGUAUUAGUCAGAGGAUGACUU